CUGACUCACAAUUGGUAGCAGACAUUCAAAUCAAAUGUCCUCUUUUGAGAUGCAAAAAACCCCACAGCUGUAUUAUCCGAUAUUUCAGGCUGCAGUGGGAUAUUUCAGGCUGCAGUGGGUGCCUCUCGCUGCCUGUGUGGGCUCCAGCUGAUCCGAGUGAGAAUGAUUCAGAGAGGCGUCGACUUGAAUUGACAGACGACAGCAGAGCCAAGUGUGUCAUCAAAUGGCAGCUAGCAACUCCGGUUUCAUGUCGGACCUGUCUGAAUGGAGGAGACUAUAAGAAGGGCGUUAUGGCCAUGGAGAGCAGUCUGUGGAGUACCUGCGACUACAGCCACAAUGUCACCUUCUUCUACAACUUGGUGGGUAAGAAGAUCAGCGAAGAGUGGGCGCCGCGGGACGUGUUUGUGAUUGGACUGGGCUUGACUGUAUGUCUCAUUGUAGUCCUGGCCAACCUGAUGGUGAUGGCGGCCAUCUCCAUGAACCACCGCUUCCACUUCCCCAUCUACUAUCUCCUAGGCAACAUGGCUGCAGCUGACCUGUUUGCAGGGAUCGCCUACGCCAACCUGAUGCUGCACACGGGCCCCUGGACCAGCACCCUCACCAAGGAGCAGUGGUACAUCCGAGGGGCUUUGAUCGACAUCAGUCUGACGGCCUCGGUGGCCAACCUUCUGGCAGUUGCCGUGGAGCGCCACCAGACUAUAAUCACCAUGCAGCUUCACAGCAAGAUGACAAAGCGGCGAGUGGUGCUGCUGAUCGUCUGCAUCUGGGCUGUGAGCAUCAUCAUGGGGCUGGUGCCCUCGCUGUUUUGGAACUGCGAGUGUGACCUGGAGGACUGCUCCACCGUCGCUCCUCUCUACAGCCGCCGCUUCCUCAUCUUCUGGGCAGCUCUCAACCUGCUCACGUUCUUCAUCAUGGUGGCCAUGUACACUCGUAUCUUCUUCUAUGUGAGAUACCAGAUUUCACACAUGUCCCAGCACAGCUCGGAGAUAAGGCACAGGCAGACUGUUUUCAACCUGAUGAAGACUAUCUCCAUUGUACUGGGCGCCUUUGUGAUCUGCUGGAUGCCCGGCCUCGUGACGCUCUUACUGGACGGGCUGUUGGGCAAAGCCAGCCACGCCAACGCCUACGAGAAGUUCUGUUUGGUCAUAGCCGAGUGCAACUCUCUGGUCAACCCCAUCAUCUAUUCCUUGCGAGACGAGGAGAUGCGGAGGACGUUCAAGUGGAUCCUGUGCUGCCUGUGUGGGAGGGAAGGGGACAAGCAGAUGGAGCUUUCACCUGUCGAGAUGUACCCCCCACUGCCAGAGGAAGCUCUUGGCUGUGUCCAGAAGUCAGAAGAUCCGGCCGUCUGUCCAGAAACGAACAAUAAAGAAUCCAGCUGGACGACACCGGGGGUCUGAUGUCUGUAGGCCUGCAACUCAAACAAACCGACGACACAUCGUGUAAAAUCCUUCUUUGUAUUUUCUGCCUAAUGACCUGUCAUGUUUGCAAUUGUAAAAUAUAUAUAUAUAUAAAGAUGCAUCUUUUGAAAAUAA